UAUCCCCACGAAACGCAAAUUUUCAGUUUGGCAUCAGAAAUGUGUUUGAACGACGUAAAAAGUAAAUAAUUCGAAUUAUGAUGGCAGAAACACAACCGAGCCGAUUUGAGAAAUCCUUAGGACUUCUGACCACCAAGUUCGUGAGCCUUUUGCAAAAGUCUCAGGGUGGUGUUUUGGAUUUGAAAGUUGCGGCGGAUUUUUUAGCUGUCAGGCAAAAGAGGCGUAUUUAUGACAUAACUAAUGUGCUAGAAGGUAUCGGACUGAUUGAGAAAAAGAGCAAAAACAGUAUUCAAUGGAAACCUUACACAUAUCGGGAUUGUAUCCAAGGAGGAAAUUCUCAAGAAUUUUCAGUUAAAGUCACUGAACUAAAAGAAAAAUUAGCUAAAUUAGAUGAAUAUGAACAGAAAUUGGACCUUCACAAGUUGUGGGUAACACAAAGCAUUAAAAACAUAACUGAAGAUUUGGAAACUAAGCAAUAUUUAUAUGUUACAAAAGAUGACUUGUUAUCAGCUUAUGAAUCAGACCAAAUAAUACUACUUAUAAAUACCCCUGUUAACCAAACUAGUGUAAAGUUUAAAAACAAUAGUGAAGAGCUUUCAUUGAAUUUCAAGGCUGAAAAACCUAUUGUAGCUAAUCUAUUGAGAAAUGAAGAAAAGAUUGAGGAAGAUGUCAAAGAUGAAAACAUUAAAAAAAGGAAAAUUAAUCAUAUUGAAUAUGUGGAAGAUAAAAGAAGAUGUUAUUCAGUGGAAAAUGAUCCAGAAUUAUUGACUGCUGAAAUUUUAUUUAGAACAAUACCAAACAAUAAUAUUUAUAAGCUUAAUGAAGGCAUAGUUUCAAGUACAGAUCCGUUUUUGCGACUGAGUCCACUUCCAUUCACUGAAGAUUUUUCAUUUGGUUUAUCAGAGUCAGAAGGACUAAGUGAUUUGUUUGACAUUACUGUGCCAAACGAAUAGUUUAAAGAUGAUGUAAAUAUGUGCAGUUUUUAAUUGAGGAUCAACUAUUUUGUUAUUGAAAAGUGAUUUAUUCGGGGAGACGAAAAAUAUUUAUCAAGUGUUGUAAUUAUACAAAUUGGGGUAAAUGUUUUGGUUUACCUUUUUUUGUUAUCUCAUGCAUUAUUAUGAAUGUGACAGAGUACUUUUUAAUUUAUAAUAUUUUUGUUAAAUAAAUUUACAAAGUAACGCCAAAA